UGAUCAUCAGUAAGAUAAAAGGAAAAGCAUGCAUGUGGUUGCAUGCAGAUCCAGAACGUGUAUUGCUACCAACAGAGCAGUUGGCGGCUGAGCUUAUAUCAAUGUUUGGUGAGAGGAAGUCGAAGUUAGAAACAAGGCGAAAAUUUGAGGAACGAAAAUGGACAGCUGGCGAAAGCUUGGUUGCUUAUGUAGACGAUAAGGUGAUGCUUGCACAUGGAAUAAAAAUGGAUGAUGAAGAAUUGGUGGCGCUCCUCAUUGAAGGUAUUCCGAAUCAAAUGCUACGUAACCAAGCCCGUAUCCAAUGCUUUGAAGAUAUCCAGCACUUAAAGCGGGCAUUUGCGAAAGUGAAACUACCGAAAAUGGAUGAAACACACAAGAAGGUGGCAUCGGUGAACAAUAAUGGCAGCACACUCUUGCGUUGUUUCAAUUGCAAUUCGAAGGGACACUGGGCCAAAGAGUGCAGGAAGCCAAAGCGCGAAAAAGGGUCAUGCUAUGCCUGUGGUGAGAUGGGGCACUUUGCAGCAAAGUGCCUGAAAAACAAGAAUGUGGAUGAAAACAAUUACCAUGCCUCAUAGACACGGGAAGCCCCAUUUCGUUCAUAAAAAUUAGUAAAGUACCUAAAGAUGUUAUUGAAGUACCAGUUUUAAGUUCAUUUUACGGAUUAAACAAAAGUUACUUGAAAACAUAUGGAAAAAUAUUGUGUUACAUUAUGAAAAAUUUGAAUAAAAUACAUUUUAAUUUAAUAAUAGUGGCAAACGAGUCUAUGAGUCAUGAUGUAGUAUUGGGAAGAG